AUGACUCCAUAUGGGAUAAGAGGGUACGGCGCGACGGUGGUGGUGGUCGCGUGGGUGGAAUUUGCCGUCUGCCUGGUUCUGCUGGUGGCGCGCAUCUACACCACCUGGUCGAUUACGCGGCGAGCCAUGCUGGAUCUCUACUUUGCCAUCUUUACCUUUGUAGCGGCUACGCUCUCCGUGUGUCUGUUCACAGUGGCAGCCCUGUACGGUCUCGGCCAGCAAGAAACCCUCCUCACCUCGGACCAACGAGCAACAUCGAUGAAAUGGGCGUGGGCAAGCACGAUCGUCAGUCUGUUCGCCAUCUCGAGCGGCAAGUUCGCGAUCGUCGCCUUUCUACACCAACUCCACGGGCCCCAGGACCGCGGCAAGAUUGUGUUUCUGUGGACGCUGGCGGGGAGUAACUUUGUGGCCAAUAUCAUUGCUGUCGGGACCAUUCUGGGCUCGUGUGUCCCUCCGGCGAAGCUGUGGGAUCCAACGCUCCAGGGGGGGUGUCACGGCAUGGCUCGCAACCAGAACUAUGCCUUUUUCCAAGGAAGCUGGUCUGCCUUUGUCGAUCUCGCGCUGGCUGUCUACCCCGUCAUCUUCUUCUACCACGUCCAGCUGCAACGGAUGGUCAAAGUUGCUUUGUGUGUGUUGAUGGGACUCGGAGUGAUUGCCGCUGGCUGUGCAAUUGUCAAAACCGUCCAACUCUCUGCCCUGUCGGAUACAGAGAACAUAACCUACCACAUUGGAAAACUGGAUAUUCUGACCACGACGGAGAUGUGGAUCAUCCUCAUCGUGGGCUGCGUCCCGCCCAUCCGGCCGUUGAUCGUGAAGGUGCUCAAGAAACUCGGUUCCACCAUCCAGUCCUACUCGGGCACAUACACCAUCAACAACAACACGACCAAACCCAAUGCCACAGAGCUGCAGAGCUUCCAUGUUUCCACGACGACGACAACGCACAACAGACGUCUGCACGAAGGCACCGGCCGCCACAAAACGCGGAACGACAGCGAAGAAGACAUCCUUAUGGCCACGAAUGGGAUUAUGAAAGUCACGGAUAUCAAUGUGACUUAUUAUACGGCCAACGGCGCCGAAGAGCAUAUCGAGUCGGGAUCGGCAACAAUACACUCGGACAGGAGUUGA